CCUGGGAUGGCGUCAACUGGACAUGGAGAAGAUGGCGAGGAGGAGAAAAGGAAGAGUGGAGGCAAGAGGAAGAGGGAAGAGGAAGGCGAGGAUGGAGUCAAGAGGAGGAGAGGAGACGGCGAUGGAGGAUCAGAGGAUGAUGAGCCAACACCUGGGAGCAGCCAAGGAACAUUGGGCACCUACCCCAGACUAACGGUCAGCAGCUACCAUCUCCACCAGCUCCUGGGUAGGGGCAACUUUGGCAAAGUGGUCCUGGCAUCAGUCCCUGGUCAAGACACCUACAUGGCCAUAAAGAUAAUCAACAAAAAAGAGGGCAACGAAGAUACCAUCAAGAGAGAGCGGCGUAUACUUCUGGCAGCCCGAGACUGUCCGUUUCUAUGCCACCUCUACGCCGCACAUCAGUCUUUGGAGCGUGCAUACUUCAUCACAGAGUAUCUGUCCGGCGGCAGUCUGGAGGAUUUGAUCAGGGUGUGCGGCUACCUGGACAUCGACAACAUAAGGUUCUAUGCAGCGGAGAUGAUAUGUGGCCUCCAGUUCCUCCAUGGACAGAACAUCGUCCACAGAGACCUCAAGCCGGAGAACAUCAUGUUGGAUGCAUAAGGCCACAUCCGUAUCAUUGACCUGGGCCUGGCACAAGAUGGAGUCACCACCUCCAGUAGGAUCGAUGGAGUGACAGGAACAUUCUACUACAUGGCCCCGGAGGUGCUUCUCGGGAAGGAGUAUUGUACAGCAGUUGACUGGUGGAGCCUCGGGAUUGUGUUGUGCAGGAUGGCAACAGGACGCUUCCCAUUUUACAUCGGCCACAGCAAGCAGAAGGUUUUCAGAGCCAUCACCAGAAAGGAGCCCAAAUUUCCACCCAGCCUGGAUGCUGCUAUUGAACAUCUCAUCACUCAACUGCUACCCAAGAAUCCCGACAAGCGCCUGGGGGUGCGAAGAAACAUCCGGAAGCAUCCAUUCUUUUCCACCAUUGGCUGGGAGGAGCUGGAGGAGAAGAGAGCAGAGCCACCAUGGAAGCCGUAUAAGACAGUUCCGCAAAAUCACCAUCUUCAGUGGCCGGAGGACACAGAGACCCCCCAUCAUGUGACCGGAUUCAAUUAUACGUCACCAAGCUGGGCCCAGUGGAUGAGAAGAUCUGGACUCUGAGGACCCCGCGGCUACUGCCCAGACCCUCCGGUCUCUUGACCCCAUGCCUCAUGUCUCUGCUGCUGUUACCUUGGCUGCCCUAGAACAUCAUCUCCCGCCUCAACAUUGACUUGGCAUCCUUCAAUCCCGGGCUGGCAUCCAACAUCACUGCAGCCCGAAGAUCCUCUAUGCCCCAGGAGCGGCCUGUGCUUAGAUUCCAUCUGGUGAGUUCAGGAACAAUAGUCGCAUGUUGUGGUCCUGGGAUGCUGAGUGAUGUCUAUUAUCCCUGAACUCACCCAAGCACAGGCCGGGUAAGUACCACACUCACCACAACCCACACACACCACACACACUACACGAUAGGGAUAGGUGCACACACAUAGACACAUACCACAGAUAGGGGACAUAUAUCGGCUCGAUCCAGGGAUUUAUUCUGAUCGCCAUAUUUGGGGUCAGGAAGGAAUUUUUUCCCCUGAUUUGAGGACAAUUGGCUCAUUCCUUACAGGGGGUUUUCGCCUUUCCCUGGAUCAACUUUGCCGUAAAUAGGUUAAGCAGAAUAACAUCAUGAAUUACCCUAUU